AUGAUAAGAUUUUUAGAAAAGGAGGAGGAUAACGAUGUGAAUGCAUAUGAUGUUAUUCCAAAAAGUAACCCGAAUGGCACUCACAAUAUCACAGUAGAUUCUGCGGAGCAGUCAUCCAGUAGCGAAGAUUUGCAAUCGGCAGGAAAUCAUGAUUAUGACAAUCAGCUAUCCGCUUCCUCAGGUUUUUUACCACUCUCAAUUUUAGAUGCUUUUUCGCAGGAAGCACUGAAUACUGAUGCCAAGACGGAUAUGCAUCUCUAUAUUAGGAUAACAGAACAGUCGUUUAUGUAG